AUGGUGUUGGGGGAGUUGCCUUUUCUGAUGGGAGUUUCCGCAGAGGAUGAGGGGAAAGCCGCAGCUUUUGUGCAGAACGCGCUGGUUCUCGCCUGCUGGCUGGUGGAGAGAUUCAUCCUUACGGGCCAGCCACUACCUCUUGUCCAGAGCUGUUCUUGUGCCCUGGUUUGGCUUGCAGCCACACUGAUCGACUGGGCCGGGCCGACGCCAUACGACGACGUGACCCUUGGCUUGGCCAGCCAAGUUGCAGGCUGCGAUGGCGGGUACCGCUCGCCCUUUAUCCUUUAUGCCACCGUUUGGAUCACCGGGCUCAUUUUUGGAACCCUACUCCUCUGCCUCGAGGAGGGCGCGCACUUCUUGGCCGACGAGGGCUCCGAGGAAGAGGCGCCGGAGGCAAAAGCGCCCCCACUGCGGCGGAAGGCCUUGCCCAUCGUGUAUGGCCUGGCGACGUCCAUGUCGUGCAUUCUCUUUGCCACAGGCUCGGCCACCAACGACAUGAUGUGGGUCGUGUCCGGGGUCCUCCUCCUGGUGAUCUCCGUACUUUGCACCUGGAACUGGCUCUGGCGCUUGGAAAUGAAUUUGGCCACCUGGGGGGCCCUCUUCCACGGCUUCGCCAUCGCCCUGCGGGCCGUGCAGAACCACGCAGUCUUCCGGGACCUGAGGUGGGACCCGGAGGACCAGCAUGGCCUGCUGGUUGUGUAUGAGUUCCCGGGGCUCCAGCUGUUCAUGUUUGGCAUGCUGGUGAUGUUCGUGUCCUUGCAGUUCUAUCUCUACACCUGCCACUGGAAGGAGUGGAGAAGCAUUGAAAGCCAAGAUGUUUCCACGGGCAGCUACAGCUACAACGUCGUCAAUGGCGGACACGCACGGUAUGACAAGGGCGGCAACAAAAGCCACGUUUGUGCUGGAAGCCAGUGGUGGCAGUGGAUCCUCCUUCCUCUUUGCAUCCUGUGCCAGAUCAUUGGCGUCCAUGUGCCACUCAUCUACACGGAGUGCACCUUGCCCAACGUGACAUGGUUUCACGAGGACUCGGAAGGCUACCGGGUCUCCCAAGGGGAGUCUUACAUGGACGUGAUCCGGUGGCUGUAUCAGCGGCAACUACCGUGCUCUGCAUUUGUUGCUGCAUACAAUGCCAUGUUGCUGCCGCCGCUGCAAUUCCUGAUGAUCUUCCUGAUCCUCCUCAACCCCGAAUUCAUCCCUUUGGACCUGCGGCAGUCGAUGCAGACCUAUGUCAUGACGCUGGCGCCCAUGCGCUUCACCCAGCCAUCUAUCAUGAUGCUGGUAGUUGGCAUCGCGAGCCUUCCAAUUGAGAACCAGCAUCCAGACAACAUCCGAUACGGCGGAUACUUUACCAAUGGCUACUGGUUCUUCUUGUCCUAUUGCGUGGCAAACCUCAUCCUUGCCUGGUCGGUGCAGCCGGCAAACGUCCUUCCAGAGCCAGAUGGACUUCUGAACUCCUGCAAGAGCAUCAAGGGGAGGGAUCGGUCCUUGAAGCCGCACUUCAGCGGCUACGUGUACGAGGCUGAGCUCUCGGAGGAGUCUGGAGCAGAGGACUCACAGCCCAAGCCGCCAGCAGUCAUCUUGAUGAUGGCGGCUGGGGUUGUUGCUGCUGGCAUCUGGAUUGCCCUGAUGCAUCCAUACUUGGAGUUCGAGUUUCGGAUUGCAGGUGUGGCAAUCCACCGCGUGACCCCGACGGUCCUCGACUUGUGGUGGAGCAUCGGAUCCGUGAACCGCUUCUUGAUGUGCUUCUCUGCAGUCACAGUGAUCGUGCUGCCGUCAUUGUGGAUUGUGCUGCUCUGCGCCCGACUUUUGGCUGGUUCGAGCCUGGGCUCCGCGGAGCCCUGGCUGCGGCCGUGGGUGAUGUGCCACAUCUGGGCAGCAUCACUGGUUCUGGUCUACUACAUUGUGAUGGCACGAAACCAGAACACCAUGGAGGUGUGUGCCAAGAUUCCGUCCAUGCCGCUGGGACCAGCAGCCAUCCUCUGCAUGGGCCUAGGCACCUACGCGCUGCUUCACAUGGCGAAAGCCAAGCCGGGGCCGUCUUCGCUGCCCCCAGGGGGUGCUCCGUUCUGGUUGGGUGGGCCGGCCUUGACGAUGCUGGCCAUCGGCCUCUUCUUCUCCACGCAUGGGCCCGUGCGCCACUCGAAGCCGAAGGACGUCGAGGACCUGAACCGCCAUCUUGACAGCAUGGUUGUCCUGCUCAACCAGCAUUUGCACAAGGACGUGACGCAAACCUUUGGCGACUGCUCGGCACUCUGGAACCAUCGCGUGGAACAAGGUGAGGUGCCAGCCAGCUCGCAUUGGGCGGAGUCUGCAGACUGCUCAGGGACCACACCGCUUCUGCAACGAGAAACCGAGGUGGGCACAGUCGCCUCCAAGCAUCGGAUGAAGCUCAAGGCUGUUUGGGCGAAGGGCGUGAACUCCUUAGAGCUGGAGAGCCUCCACCUACAGCGCCCGCCGGACCUGUCUCAGGCCGUGCAACUGUGGCACCUUGACAUUCGGGCGGCCUUUGCAGACCUGCAAGUAUUCAUCAACGUCUUUGUGGAUGACAAGGAGUGGUACAGUGGCAACGUGUGCUGCAAUGAGCCGUUUCACUUCCAGCUCCAAGUUUCUGUCCAAUGCCGGCAGGGCUUGGGAUUCGAUGGUCUGGAGCUAAAUUUGCUCGACAUGGACCAGGUUGUUUUGGCGCACAAUGCGGCGCUCCUCUCAGGCCCGGCGUGGGCUGCGGCUGCAUCCGAAGCCGGCAGAAGAGAGUUGGUUAAGAAAGUGGUCGAAGAGUUCGUCUCGUUGCACACUGGGAGAUUGCUGCUGAGGAACCUCAACAACAAGUCGGCCAAAGCACGGCAAAUCGGCAGCGAUGUGCUCUCAGACAUCGUGCAUCUCAACACAGGUGAAAUUUGCGCACAGCAUGUGUGA